GACUCGACUCCGGCUCUACGCAACAUCAACCCUCCACAAAACAACCGCUUGGUGAAUGCUUGUUGCUCUGUCGCCCUUCUUUUAUAAGAACGAUACAACUAAGAGCAAACCAUGACGAUUUCAUCGCUUCUCUCUUUCACCUUGAUCCUGCUCCUCGUUUCGGUGGCAGCUGCCUAUCCUCUGCGUCCCAUUGGACAAACCCUUGUUGGACGCCUUCCUCAUGAUGGUCGCGAUCGCGCGACGUCGUCCUUGCGCUUUUCUCAUUCAAUCAAGAUGUCCGACGAUGGGCGUCGCUUGCUGGUUGGUGCUCCCAGCAAGGAAGGAGGCUCCGUCUUUCUCUAUGAACUGGGAGAGGAGACAAUGUACAACUUUGGGAACAGCCGAUCUCAUACCAGCGGUGAAAAGUCGUACCGUUGGAAGCUUCUCCAACAACUCCAGGGCGAAGUGGACGAGCCAAUCGGUGACAGUAUCGCAUUGAGCCAUGAUGGACAGACUCUUGCAGUCGUCCGCUAUGAUUCUCGUCAUAGCGAUGUGGAGGUGUACCGCUACAAGGACGAAACCAAGCAAACAAUCAUGAUGGGAAGCCCUGUCAACACUUGCAAUGGAGACCGCUUGUUGACUCACAAGGCCGUUCAUUUGGGCUAUACUGACUUGAAUUCGCAGUCCUUUCCCGAUACUACCUGGCUGGUUGUGAGUUGUGAACACGAGGCGGGUCGAGUCGAUGUCUUUCGGUACGACGAGAGUGCCCAAGACUGGCAGCUCUUUGUCGUGAUUCAUGGUGACGACGGCUUCCGAGGAACUCGCUUUGGUUGGGCUUUGGAGUUUGUUCCAGCAGAAACACUGCCCUUUGACCCAAGAGACGAGCCACUGUUCCUUUUGGGUGUUGCCUCGCCAUUCUACAGCAAUAGCACUGGCCUCGUCCAGCUAUUCAGCGUAGAUCUGUUCGGGGAAUGGUCCGAACACUCGCGGUUCGAGGGUCUAGCGGACGGCGACCUACAUGGAUAUAGUUUUGCCAUGAGUUCCAAUAAUGAUCCAACUGUUGCGAUUGGGGCUCCUGGGGCCAACCGAAGCAAAGGUCGUGUGGAGGUCAAACGGUGGAUGCGCGGUGGGUUCCACUUACCACGAGACUGGCACUUGCUUGAUGAGGUUAUGCUAGGAUCGGCAGAAGGGGAGAGCUUUGGCCGCGCUGUCGCCAUCGCAAAUGACGGCUCUCGCGUUGCGGCUGCAUCAAUCCACAACUCGGGAUAUUUUCGGGUCUACGACUUGGCAGGAGGAGAACUGUCAAUGGUCGGACAGGUUUCGGGUGGUCACGCCGAGGCAAGCUUUGGAUUCGAUAUCGCCAUGAAUGGGAGAGGCUCCCUUGUGGCUUCCGGUGAUGUUGAACAUCGCGAUGCCGAAGGAAACUCAGUUGGAAGAGUUCGCGUCUUCCUGGACCAGACUCCGUAUUGUGGUGUACCUGCGGAACAACCAUUCCUAGCGCGACAACGAUGCCAAGAGCAAAUUCACGUACCCAAUCGAGCGGAAUGCAACCGUCUGUUCAGCUACGAGUUGCAAGCAGGGUGCGUCUGGAUUGGGCAAGACGAUGGGUUGCCUUUUUUCGAAGAGCCCCUUCAGAUUGGACUGGAGAGCUCAAAUCCAAGUGGUGUUCCCAGCGCAAUCCCAAGCGAAGUUCCCAGCAGCAACAGCCCAAGCCAUGUCCCCAGCUCUUCCCCGAGCGUCCUUCCAAGUGAGGUUCCCAGUUUCGCUCCUUCAGUGGAUCCAACAGAGGGGCCUAGUUUGGCUCCUUCAAACCCAACUAUUGCCAACGGUCCCGUCCCUUCCCCCCACGCAACGCAUGAGCCUACUAACUUGUAUCCAUUGGCUAGUGCUACAAGUGAGCCUUCCAACUGGAUGCCUUCAUUGGCUCCAACUGCCAAGUCUAGCUGGAUUCAGUCUCAUGUUCCAUCGCACAGCCCCUACGAUCAGCCGAGGGAUGAACCAAACCACGCACCAAGCUCAGGCACUUCAGGUGGGGUAAAGGUUCACGCUUGCUUCUGCGACGAAGAUGGUUUCUGCAUUGAAAAAUCUUUCUCGGCGACUUCGUCCCUUGACGAGACUGAUUUCUGCAUCUUUGUCGAUGGCGGUGGCGUGUUUCGCGAUCUUGAUAUGCUGAGUCUCAAGCUUGAGUAUGCCACGGCUGAGAACGGCACAGCUAUUGAAGCCUUGUCAUUCAGCGAAGAUUCCUCCAAGGCCUGCUCUGAAACCACCUGUGCCCUGCGAUCUCGACUUGAGUACGCUUUCAACGAUUCGAACGACGUCCCGGCUAGUCUUGCAUUAUCCAUGGCCAUGAAAGUGACGCCAAAGGGAGCCGGUCACCGCAACUUGCGAGCUUCGGCUUCAGUAGAGUAUGAGGAAACCUUCCUAGUGACGGUUGACGUCUAGGUACCUAUCAUUGAAUUUCAGUUUGUGCAUAAACUAGUCAAUAAAUUGUGAUUUCACCAACUCUAGCUACCGGUACCGUCCGCUAGCUAGGUACAAACUGAAGAAUAAGUUGUUUUGUUGUAUUGUCCUGUUUGCCAUAUCUGUACCGUACCGGUACGGCGUUUUAGGAGAGCAUGGAGGACACUCGUUCCGUAAAGGCUGUAAGCGUGAUCCCCAAAAGAAUCAAUGCGGUUGCAGCCAAUACUGGGUUAUCACCAGAGUUCCAUUUUGCUUUUUUCAGGAUAGGCAAAGCUGGUUCCUUCUUCUGAGAACCGGUAGCAUUAUUUCGCUGUUCUAACCAAUCCGUAAAGAGCCACUCUUCGAAUUGUCGUUCGCCAGAUGCAUCUUCUAAUUCUUCCAGGUAUUCCUUGACGUCUCCUUGUCGCUUCGACAAAGCCAACUUUGUGCGACUAGUCGGUACCACUUGAUUGGCCCAAACCCAAGUUGCGGCCGCUGAGGCAAGUACAACAGCACCGAUCCCAAGCAAGGCAGAAGUAUCUGGCAGUAUGGGUUCAAAUUCCUUUGUUGUCGAUGAUGUGGCAGCAGCGGUUGCCAAGCUGUUGACAAGACUUGUUGUGGCAGCCGAUGCUUCCACGUGCGAAGAUGAAUCUACCGGAAACACCUUUAGACCAGUGAUGGUUGACUGAUGGGCCGUUUGCCGCAGAGCAGAAGCCGUAGUGGUAAGGAAAGCAGCGCAAGUCAUGGUCGACUUACAGAAGCUACAUCCCAAACAAUGAUUAGCAUGAAGCAAUACAUGUACAUGUACGAGCAGGCCUCUCGAUCCUCGUGAUGACUCACAACGAAAUCGAAGCUGACGUCACUUUGUGAGGGAUUGACAAUCAACCGACGUGCAAAUCCCACCUAACCUUAG